CAGAACCGGCGAAGCCUUCGAGGGAUCUGCCCGUGGCUCCUCCCUCCGCGCCCCCGCCCUCGUGUACCUCUGGCGAUAAGUCGCCCCUUUCUCCUCGUCCCCCCGCCUCUCUUUGCCGGACUCCGGGGGUUGGGGGUUGGCCGAGCCCUAUAAAUGGCCCUGAAGAGUCGCACCAUCGAGGCCGCCCUUUCUGGUGCCGAACCCAGCCAGAGAAGCCAAAGCACACACUGUUGCGACUGAGACUAUGAGCCAUGCACCGUGGGGAUAUGCCAAGGAAAACGGGCCUGACCGCUGGCAUGAAACCUACCCAUUUGCCAAAGGGAGUAAUCAGUCACCUAUUGCGAUCCUUACCAAGGAUGUCUACAAAGAUCCCAUUCUACUGCCUUGGUUUACCGGUUAUGAUCCAGGUGCAUCUAAGCAUAUCAUAAACACUGGGAAAAUGUGCCGAAUUACGUUUGAUGACACUUUUGAUCGCUCAGUUCUAAGGGGCGGACCACUUCAGGGAAUCUACAGGCUGCGCCAGCUUAACAUUCACUGUGGUUCUACAGAUGACAAAGGCUCAGAGCAUGUUGUGGACGCACAAAGGUAUGCAGGAGAGAUUCAUUUGGUGCACUGGUAUUCAAAGUAUAGUAAUUUUGGUGAUGCUUUGAGGAAAACUGAUGGUGUGGCUAUUUUGGCCAUUCUCUUACAAAUAGGUAAAAAUGCCAAGCCAGAGAUGAAAAGAAUUAUUGAAGAAUUCCCAGCUAUUAGAACAAAGGGAAAAGAGGCUCCUUUCCAAAACUUUGAUCCAUCAAUUCUUUUCCCUCAAAAUCGAGGCUACUGGACCUAUCAAGGGUCCUUCACUACACCUCCUUGUGAAGAAUGUGUUACCUGGAUUCUUCUGAAAGAGCCCAUGAUUGUCAGUGAAGGCCAGAUUUUAAAGUUGCGUAGCCUUUCUAGCAACACUGCAGAUGAACCCCAUUGUCCCUUGGUGGACAACUGGCGGCCUCUUCAGCCUCUCAAUACCAGGAUGGUGAGAACUCAAUGUCAAUAGAAUCUUUGCAGAAGUCUACGAUCUUCAGCUGUGAAGAUUUCCUACUCAUACUGUGUACUAUCUAUUGUUCUUCAUUUGGAUCUAUGCUGAUGAGCCAGAAAUCCUGAGCGAUGAAACAGGACAGGUCACUAAAUGAAUUUAAUUUCUAGAGGAGAAAAAUCACUCUGGCAAAUUUUUAUUAAAACAUGGGAUCUCUGUGCAUAGGUUAACCUUAGCAUUUGUAGGAAUAAUUGUAUGGAGGAAUAAGGUCACCCUUCAUUUAUUCAAAUAUCAAGAAUCAAUCUUUCUUUCUUUCUUUCUUUCUCUCUCUCUCUUUCUUUUUUUCUUUCUUUCUUCUCUCUCUCUUUUUUUCUUUCUUUCUUUCUUUCUUUCUUUCUUUCUUUCUUUCUUUCUUUCUUUCUUUCUUCUCUCUCUCUCUCUCUCUCUCUCUCUCUCUCUCUCUCUCACACACACACACACACACACACACACACUCACACUCACACCAGUUAGUUGUUUUCAGUUUAAAACAGCCAGAUUGUGGUGUCUUUUAUACCCUUGUAAAUGAGGGACAUUCAAGGAGAACAGCAGGCUGGAUGUGUUUCUUUAAAAUAUUCAUAUAUAAACAUGUCAUCUGUAGACAUAAUUGAAAUGUACCAUUCAAUAAUCAAGUUGAGAUUUUUUAAAAAAAAAAAAUUAGCCUCACAGACUAACACUGCAUCUGUUUUAUUGUCAAAACUGAAAAAGACAAUCAUUUAAACACAAUUCUGUAAAUUGUACAAUGGUUCUUCGACUUUCAGACUUCAUUUCAUGUUGUAUUAUUUGAAUUACAAAUCUUUUGAUUUGUAAUUUGAAUAUUUUGAAUAUUCAAGAUUUUGUUCAAUAUACUGCACAGGUAUACUGGUGAAUCCAGAGCAAAUGGCUAUCUGUUGGGGAGGGGUGGGAAUGCAUGGAGCAGCCCCCCUCCACUGCAGCUCUGGAGAGCCUUGCAGCAGUGCAGGUGUCUCUACAAUAAAAAUAUUGGGUUUAAAAAAACCACCCAAAACAUAAAAACCCUGGCCAAAGGUUCUGUUAACUCCCCUUCACAACAGAAAGGGGGCAAUGCUGGUUUGCUUUUUAAAGAAUUAUCCUGAUAUUUGUCAUGCAUUUUAUUCUCAUGACAUUUGCUCCUUCACUGAGUAUGCUGGGAUCUGCUUAGCAUUUAAAUAAUAGUUCUGCAAUUGUAGUUUUAAAAUAUCAAUUCUAUUUCAAAAGCAUUUUCAGAACUUUUAAUGAAAAUAACAUAAUUGGUAUUUUUAGCGCCUUAAGUUGUUAAUAUCUACAAAGUAUUUUCUGGGGCCUGUUUUUCUUGGCUUACGCUUUGUAGUAAGAGCAAGCGAAAUAGGAUUGUAUGAUGGCAACUUAUCUGCUUUUGUAAAAGGACAAACAUUAAUAAAUCUAUUUAUCUCAGAA